UAAGGUGAGUGAUGAUUAUAUAGUUCCAGAUCUAACUUAAGGAGCAGAAUACAAUAUGUAUAAAAUAAGUCUUUAUAAAAAUAAAUCUAAUGUUACACUACCAAAAGGUUUUUUUGCAGCUUCUCCUCAAAAAGAGAAAUGUUGAACCUGACUCUGACUCCAGCUGACUCUUCUCCUCUCUCCUCUCCUCUCUCUGGCUGUGCGCGCUGGUUUUCGGGUGCAUCCUUAUAAAUAAGAUCCACCCGGUGCUCCUCGUCCUCUUAUUGGUCAGGUGGAGUCGUUACCUCACUCCGUGGGCCGGUGACGCAGCGUCUUCACGUAUCCUUCACACGCGCGUCUCUUCUUCUUUCUUAUUGAGAGUCUUGCGCAGAGAGUACCGGACGGACCGGGAGACGGUGCGCUCGAGACUAAACACUACCAGCACCGGGAGGAGAGGCGGCGCACUAGAGCAGCCUCUCUCUCUCUCUCUCUCUCUCUCUCUCUCUCUCUCUCAAACGCUUUCUCUCUCUCACGCCCGCGCCCGUGCACGCUCCUCCUCCGUCUCCACUUGGCUUCACGGUAGUAAAUGACGGUGUUGUUGAUGUGAACGGAUCUGUCUCCGGUGUUCGCUCCUUUUCUUCUUCGACGGAGCGACUUGGAGAGAAAAGACGCUCGAGAGAGAAGUACCUCUUCUCAUCCUGCGUGUCUGUGAGGACCCCUGGUCAUGUCCGUUUAGCUCCCCUGCGUGAUGCCUGAUCAUGACAGCACCACCCUCCUAACCAGACAGACCAAGCGCCGACGCGUCGACAUCGGGGUGAAAAGGACCGUGGCCAGUGCGUUAUUCAGCCGCGCCAGGGAGACCCUGCUCGAGAGCAUGAACCAAUCACACGGCCCCGAUCAGGACGGAGACUGCUCGUUGGUCGGCCACGGCCACGCCAACAGCGACGGAGAGAAGUCAAAUGUUUUGAGGAAGUUGCUGAAGAGGGCCAACUCGUACGAAGACGCCAUAAUGCCUUUCCCUGGUGCUACCAUCAUCUCUCAGCUACUGAAGAAUAACAUGGGGAAGAACGGAGGGAGCGACUCAGGCUUCCAGGGAAGUGGAGCUCUGUCCAGUGGCGGCUCAGAGAUCCACGCCGAGGACGCCUGCAGCAACUCGUCCCGCGACCGGGACAGCCCGUCUGACUGCCUGUCUCCUGGGCCUCCUCUUCCUCCUCCACCGUCCUCCUCCUCCUUCGGGCGACCGCUGCCUCCUUCGAGCCUAAACUCCCACGCUCCCCCUCAGCCCCUCUCCCUCUCCACUUUCGACUUGGACAGGCUGUCGGACGAGCACCUUCGUGCCAAGCGUGCCCGCGUGGAAAACAUCAUCCGCGGCAUGAGUCACUCGCCGCUGGUCCGGCCCAACGGUGACCACAACCAAGAGAGCAACCGCGAAAACGAGAACUGCAGCAACAGCAGUAACGACCACCGAAGAGACGGCAGCAGCCGCAACGCCGGCAGCCACAACCACAGCCGGAGCGACGGCCCUUCUUCCCUCCUGAGCUCUCCGGGCUCGCGAGGCGGCGUGGUCGGCGUUGGUGAGGUUUACAGGGAGAAUAAGAGAAAGCAGCGUCUGCCACAGCAGCAACACAGCUUCACCCAGCUAGUGUGUUCCAGGCAGGAGCAGAGACAGGAAGAGAGACGACAGCUCAAACUGCAACUGGAGGACAUGCAGAAACAGCUGCGUCAACUCCAGGAGAAGUUCUACCAGAUCUACGACUCCGAGACGGAGGAAGAGGAAGAGAACGGCGAGGGCGGAGAGGCCGACCGAGGCGGAGAACGAGAGGAGGACGGAAACUUGUCAGAGGACAGUAUUCGCUCUGACGGCCUGGAGGAGAGGCACAGAAACAGAGGUCGGCAUAGCAACGACGACCUGUCAGAGCUGGACCCGGGCCUGUUCCUGGACCGGGCACGAGCCCUCCUCCGAGAACAGGCCCUGAUAGACGGAGAGAUGGAGGAGGACGUGGACGGCAGGGGGGAGGUGGAGAGGAAUGUAGAAAGGGCGAUGAAGAGGAGAGGAGGUGCAGCAGGAGGAGGAGGAAGGCAGCUAGCAGAGACGCUGAAGCAGGAACUGAACUGUGCCGUGUCGCAGGUCGUCGAUACCGUCGUCAAGGGCUUCUCCUCGCCCAAGCAGGCCGUCGGUCACCAUCACGGCUGCCACAGCAGCACACCGGCCGCACCUUCCUCUUCCUCCAACUCGUCCUCUUCUUGUCCUCCGCCGUUCGGCCCCCUCCCCUCCCUCACCCCGGACUCGCGCUUCGGCGGCACCCUGGCCCUCAGUAUGAACGGCGACGGCAGUCCGACCCCUACCUACCACUCCUCCAACCAGAGGCUGCAUUGCUUCGGCGAUGUGAUCGUCCCGAGCCCGCUGGAUUCGUUCGGCGGUUUGAGCGGCAGACUGAGCGGCGUGCCGACACCCCACGACCAAACGGAGGCGCUGCCGCUGGUGGUGCGCAAGAGCGGCGGAGGAGGAGGUGGAGGGGAGAACACUAACCCCUCUCUUCCUCCUCCUCCUCACCACCCCUCCCUCCACCCAUCCGCCCUCACGGCCUCGCUCGGGUUCAGCCCUCCGCCCUUUCGCCACCCGUUCCCUCUCCCCCUUAUGGGUUACCCCUUUCAGAGCUCCCUUUCACACGGGGGUGGAGCCGGCUACCCUCCAGGGCCCAAGGACCAUCAUCGGUCCUCUCCCGAUUCUAUGGACAUGACCCGGGAAACUGUCAGCCUCAGAACCAAAAUGGCAUCCCUCGGAGGGGGCCAUCUCAGUCAUCACCACCACCACCACCACCACCACAGGCAGAGCUCACCGGGACAACACGGACAAGAGGGUCUGUCCCUGUCCCUCAUAAAGUCGGAGUGUGGGGACCUGCAAGACAUGGCCGACAUAUCGCCUUACUCGGGCAGCACCAUUCAGGAGGGCUUGUCUCCCAACCACCUGAAGAAGGCCAAGCUGAUGUUCUUCUACACCCGCUACCCAUCCUCCAACAUGCUCAAAAUUUUCUUCUCAGACGUCAAGUUCAAUCGCUGCAUCACCUCCCAGCUGAUCAAGUGGUUCAGCAACUUCAGGGAGUUCUACUACAUCCAGAUGGAGAAGUUCGCUCGGCAGAACAUCAACGAGGGCGUGACCGCCUCGGAGGAGCUGGCGGUGGGCCGCGACUCGGAGCUCUUCAGGGCGCUCAACAUGCACUACAACAAGGCCAACGACUUUGAGGUUCCUGAACGGUUUAUCGAGGUGUCCCAGGUGACUCUUCGCGAGUUCUUCAACGCCAUCGUGGCUGGAAAGGACGCAGACCCGUCCUGGAAGAAGGCCAUCUACAAGGUGAUCUGCAAACUGGACAGCGAGGUUCCUGAUGUGUUCAAAUCCCCCAACUGUCUACAAGAACUCCUCCACGACUGACCGGGGCGAGGAAGGGAAACACGAGCAGGACAAACCUCCACGGACCAAGAGAAGUCAGACUAGUCUUCAGUAAAAGGACGUUCAUGACGCGACGCAGAGACUUGAAGUGGUUCUACUUGGAGGCUUCUGGAGAGGUUUGUUGAUGGUUGUUUUUAAAGACGAUCCCGCCCUCAAAAUGUUUUAUAAAGAAAAAAAAUAUUCCUCUUGUAUGAGGUCGAGGGCUCGAACUCAGAGUCAGACAAUACUCAAAUUAACAAAGACUUUUAUAAAUUAGAAGCAAAACGGUAAGAAUUGAACCUCGUUGCACUUACAGAAACGCUUCUCUUUCUCCACCUCGUCCAAGCUCGCUCUUCAUCCUCCUCCGGAGGAACAAAAGGAUGAGGAAGAUGACGGAUCUUCAACUUGGGGUUGGGAGAGAUCUAAAAAUAAAGAUGAUAAUAUAUAAAAAAAAUCUUUUUAUUGUGGAUGUUUUUAAGUUACAUGGACAUUUUUGAAAAAAAAAGGUGAUGUUUCUGUAUUUUUUCUCCUUUGUAUAAGCGUUCUCUUCUA